AUCAGACUGACUCUGUAGGAGGCCAGGACCUUUACCUAGGAGAGCACGCUGCUCACUCCCCAGAAACCCUGCAUCCCGGCCAGAAGGAAAUUCACCAGAACCAUCAAGAAUGGAAGGUGUCUCAGGAGACUACAGUAAACGAGUGUAUCAAGGCGUGAGAGUGAAGCACACAGUCAAAGAUCUGCUGGCAGAAAAACGAUCCAAGCAGACAAGUAACUCAAGAUUCAGUGGCAGCGUCGGCUCCUCUCCGUCUCCAUUUGUCCAGGUGCCAGGGUCACCGGUCAUGUCAGGCUACUAUGGCGUCCGGAGGUCCUUCCUGUCUGACUCGGACUUCCACGGCACCAAGCAGUUUGCAAACGAUGUGUGCGCCGCCAGCGUGGCCAGGCCCUUUCCCUGCGAGCCCUCCUCUGCCGGGCAGAGCCACCCCGCCCUUCUGGACUCCUAUUUCCCCGAGCCCUACGGGGACCACCGCCCGCAGGCCCUGACCUCCAGCGCCAGCCCGCUGUUCGGGGCCUCGGCCCUGCCACCGCUGCUGCCACCACCCCUCCCCAGCGACCCCACACACUUCGUGCUGAGAGACUCCUGGGAGCAGACAGUGGCGGAUGGCCUCAGCCAGCUUGACUCUGUGCCCACCGACUCUCUGCAGACCUUGCCACCCAGCACGAGUUGCCUCUCCCAGCUGGAGUCGGGGAGCACUGCCCAGCACCGGAGCUCAAGCUGGGGAUCUCCCCUGGCUGGGGCUCAGUCUUAUUCGUUGCAUGCCCUGGAGGAUCUGUACCACACACCAGGGUACCCCACCCCGCCCCCAUAUCCCUUUGCCCCCUUCACCACAGUGUCCAAUGACCUGCCACCCAAGGCAGUGCCCCUCUCCCCAGAAGAGGGGUCAGAUGCCUCUGCCCUUCAGGACCCUUCUCCUUGGGCCAAAGAAGACGGGGGCAUGGUGUGGGGGUCGUACGAGUGCCGCCGAGCUUACUGAGGGAUGCACCACAGAACAUCUCUGCUUCUCUUUCACUGGGGUUCUGUAUCCCACAGAUUGUCUUUGGUGUGGGAGUCACUCGGAACUGGAUUUUCAAAAUAGGCCAUCAUGCCCCCCCCCCCACUUUGUUAAUGGACAAUGGCAUUUAUUUGCACUGUUGCCCGGGGACCAUAUUCUAAUGAGACAACCUGCCUGCCAGUGGAGCCUUUGAGGAACGUUAGUGACCCAUUGCCCUCUGAAUCUUCUGUUAUCUUUGAGGUAUCAUUUUUGACACUGAUAUUUCCCCUUAAAUUACAUUAAAAAGUGUCUGUGGAUCCAUAACACAUCCUGAUUCUCCUGUUCAGUUUUUCUUCGGUAUGAACUAUGUGUGUUCUUUAGUAAAGAGAAUUCAUAGGAUACAAUGUAGAUUGGGGCACAGCAGACAAACCUCAUUUUGUGCCAUAUGACUUUA